AUGGUGGAGAUUAAGCAGGCAGACGGUCCCCGCCGUCAGGACUGGGAUGGAGAGCUGUGUGAGAACGGCUCGUUUUACAUCGGGACCAGGGACCUCAUCUUAAAAGAAAAUACAACGCAGGGCAGAAAAGUGGCCUACUUUGAGAUGGAGCCAGAGCACAGCGUGGACAUAGAUGUGGAUAUUGACUGGCCGGUGGCCGAGGAGAGAGUUCUCAGGUUUGGCUACUUUGGUCGGGGAGUGUCCGUAAUGUUCUGCAGGGUUUCCAGAUGUUUGACCGAUGGAAAGGUGUUUCUGUCCCCAUCUGGAGAAGACAUGGUGUCUUUUCACACUAGAGACACUACAGGCCUCAGGAUGCUGCAGAACGAUGGCGUUGAGGUGGUGCUGCUGACCUCCAGUGAAGACCCGGUGACCCAGUCAAUGGCUGACAAACUGAAGAAAAUGAUUGGCUGUGAGGUCAUGGAUGUGGGGGAGGAGCCACUGAAGGAUGUGCAGUCAGUCGUGGAGAAGAAGAGACUUGACUGGAAGGAUGUGGCCUACAUGGGUAAUGACCUAGCAGAUGCCACCUGUCUGAACUUGGCGGGUCUGAGCGCAGUACCUGCAGACGCUCCGAAGGACGCAGCUGAUUCUGCCAAGUACACCUGCCGCCAAGCGGGAGGGAUGGGAGCUGUGAGGGAGUUUGCUGAACACGUACUCCUGCAGAAAGAAAAGGCCAAAACCCAGAUGAAGCAGGACAGGAUCGACCGUAAUAACUUCUAAAGCGUGGAAGGAGAUAUUUAGAAACAUGAUGUCAGACAAUACUGGAAAAACUGCAAUAUAGCAGAGGAGUGUAAAAGAAAGUUGUCUGCUGUAAAAAUGAUAAAUCUCCAUGGUUGUUCUCCACGUUGACUAUAUGGGCAUUUGGCAGGAGGGCAUCAGAAAGGAUGGAGCCCAAGCACAAGAUAAAAUAUACUUAUACCUCAGUCCUGCCUUAAUUCAGGUUUCUAUGGAUUCUUUAGACGUACACUUGGUUUAUGGGGUCGGCAUUCCUGCCUUCUGCUGAGAAUAGGGAGACUAUUUUGAGUGCUUUGUGUUGAGGUGGAUUUGAUUGGGAGUGGCAGAAGAAAAGGUUCUCAGGGUUCAAUUAAUGCAAGAAACAGCCACUGGCAAGCAAACACUAUAUUUACCAGACUCUUUAAUAGAUUUAUCUGGCCAUAAAACCAAUUAUCCUUUCAAUAACUGUUAGUUAAAGAAGAUUAAAUAACUUUCAACAUCAGGAAUUUAAGUAAAAAAUUUAGAACUUAUAUUAAAAAUCUAACUUCUAAGGGAAAUUGAGUUUCAUUAAAAGAGACAACAUUGGAACAUUUAAAUAUCUUUUUACAUAGUUUCCCUGAUAUAUGUUG